AUGCAACCAACCAGUAAUGACAAUAACAUUCAACAUCUAAUGAGGCAAUUUGGUAGCAUUGCUUUGUCGCCCGCGCAAUCACCAUUCCUCAACACAAAUUUAGCCACUUUUGCCCCCUCCCCCUCGCAGUUAGCUGCCAGGCAAGUCAUGCCUCGUGACUUACCUCCCUUUUCUGGCAACCCAGCCGAUUGGCCAGUGUUCAUAAGCUGUUUUAUGAACACUACGUUAGCUUGUGGGUACUCCAGUGCCGAAAAUCUGUGCCGCCUCCAGCGAAGCCUGAAGGGCGCGGCGUACGAGGCCGUUCAAAGUAGACUACUUCUACCUGAAUCGGUACCUCACAUUAUGGAAACUCUCCAUAUGCUUUAUGGCCGUCCAGAGCUGCUGAUUUCAGCCCUCUUGGACAAAGUUCGCUCGACACCACCACCAAAAGUGGAGAAAUUUCAAACGAUUAUUGAUUUUGGGAUGUCUAUACAAAGUCUCUGCGAUCACCUUGAAGUCGCAGGACAAACCGCCCAUCUGUCAAAUCCAUCUCUUCUCGCGGAACUCGUCACAAAACUCCCACCACAUCUUCAAAUGGAAUGGGGCUCAUAUCUCCAGGGAUUUUCGGAGGUUAAUCUGAAAACGUUCGGCCUCUUCAUGUCCAGUGUAGUGAAAGCAGUGAGCAAAGUGACAGUGUACGCCAGCAGUAGUGGAAGGUCUUCAGCAUUCGGGAAGAACAGUUCGAACUCGAGAGGAAGUGUCAACACCCACCGUAGUGACCCGAUUUUCAGCUCCGAAUCCAGUCGUGAGGGUGCAAAGCAUUGUCCAGCCUGCAAGAACGUCGGGCAUCGAAUCCAGGAUUGUCGGGCCUUCCAAUCACUUUCCGUGGACGGCCGCUGGAAGUGUGUUCAGUCAAACGGGUUGUGCCGAAACUGCUUGAGUUCGCAUGCUAGAAGAAGCUGUAGAAAAACCAGCAACUGCGGGACGAACGGUUGCGAAUACCGGCAUCAUCCGCUUCUACAUUCGCCGCGGAACAGUACAGACACGCAGAUUCAACCGUUAGUGAAUACCGCAGAAAACCAUACGCAUCGGCAGGGGCAACAAUCGCUACUCUUCAGAAUACUACCAGUGACCCUGCACGGGCCCAAAGGAUCAGUGGAUACUUUUGCGUUCCUCGACGAUGGAUCAUCUUUGACGCUAGUUGAAGACAGCCUGGUCAAAGAGUUGGGCGUCGAAGGUGUAACGAUGCCGUUAUGUUUGCUAUGGACAGCGAACGUAUCACGCACAGAGAAGGGGUCGAAGCAACUGUCGCUUACCGUUUCAUCAACUGAUGGGAAAAGAUACUCACUCGAGGAAGUUCAAACCGUAAAGGAGUUGUCGUUGCCCACACAAUCGCUGCCAUACGACCAUCUCUCCGAGCAGUUCGCACAUCUUAAAGGUCUUCCUGUUAAGAGCUAUUCCAAGGCGACUCCAAAGCUACUGAUUGGUGUCAACAAUCUAGAUUUGAUGGUUCCAUUAAAAGUGCGCGAAGGAUACAAACGCGAACCCAUCGCAGCCAAAACCAGACUAGGCUGGUGUAUCUAUGGCGGUAAAGCGAGCGACGGACAACAAUUAUCAGUAAACUACCAUGCCUGUGGAUGUGCAUCGGACCAGUCACUACACAACCUUGUCAAGGAUUUCUUCUCUACGGAAGACAUCAGUGUACCGACCGUAGCUCCUCUCGUAUCAGCAGCAGAAGAACGCGCUCUGCAAAUACUGCAGGAUACUACAGUGCGGGUCGGCAAUCACUUUGAGACGGGCCUAUUAUGGAAGUUUGACCAUGUUGAACUUCCUGAUAGCUAUGGUAUGGCUCGUCGACGACUGGAGUGCCUGGAAAAACGUAUGAUGCGGAACCCGGAUCUCAAGCAAGCGUUACAGACACAACUGGAGGAUUAUCAGGCUAAAGGAUAUGCACAUCGCGCCACUGAGGAGGAGCUAGCAAGCGCUGACAUUCGACGCGUAUGGUACUUGCCGCUAGGAGCAGUAGUGAACCCUCGGAAGCCAGGUAAGAUUCGCAUGAUCUGGGAUGCUAGAGCAGCCGUGAACGGGAUCUCGCUCAACUCAGUGUUACUGAAAGGUCCCGACCAACUUACGUCCCUUCCUGGUGUUCUAGUACGGUUUCGUCAAUUUCAUGUGGGAGUCUGCUCUGAUAUAAAGGAGAUGUUUCACCAAAUCCUUAUACGCAAGGAAGAUCGCCACUCGCAGAGGUUUCUUUGGCGCUGCGAUUCGUCCGAAACACCUGAAGUGUACCUAAUGGAUGUUGCUACGUUCGGUUCGACCUGCUCCCCGGCAUCAGCCCAAUAUAUUAAAAACAAGAAUGCCAAGGAGUUUCAAGAGACGUACCCUCGAGCAGUCGAAGGAAUUGUCGACAAUCACUAUGUGGACGACUCUCUUGAAAGUUAUGAGUCCACAGAGGAGGCAAUAAAAGUAUCCCAGGAAAUGCGUUUCAUCCACGCGCAUGGAGGGUUCGAGCUGAGGAACUGGUUAUCCAAUAGCAGCGAAGUUCUGAACGCUCUAGGUGAAGUUAAACCCGGAGAAGACAAGAAAUUCGCGACGGACAAGCAAAGCAACUUCGACCGUGUACUCGGGCUCCUGUGGUUGACACAGGAAGACUCAUUCAGCUUCUCAACCGAGAUGAAGGAAGAUAUUACUGAGCUGUUGCAGAGCGACCAACAUCCUACUAAAAGACAAAUGCUGAAGUGUCUGAUGUCACUCUUUGAUCCUUUGGGUCUGCUAAGCCUCUUUGUGGUGCACGGGAAGAUUCUUCUUCAAGAAGUCUGGAGAGAAGGGAUACAAUGGGACGAAAGAGUGAACAACGAUCUGCAUCAAAGGUGGAAAAGUUGGACCCACCUGUUCAAAGAUGUUCGAAACCUGAAAAUUCCUCGCUGCUAUUUCAUUGCUGCUACUAAGGAGAGAUAUCGGGAUCUUCAACUUCACGUUUUUGUGGAUGCCAGUGAGAGUGCGUACAGCGCAGUAGCGUAUUUUCGAACAUCCAACGCUGAUGGACUACCAGAAUGUGCGCUCAUUGCAGCGAAAACGAAGGUGGCUCCCUUGAGGACCCAAUCCAUUCCUCGAUUGGAGUUACAGGCUGCAGUACUGGGCGCUCGACUAUCGCAGUUCGUGGAAGAAAACCAUACUCUACGCAUUUCAAAGAAAGUCUUUUGGAGUGACUCAGCAACCGUCCUCUCCUGGCUGCGAGCUGACAAUCGACGAUAUAAACAAUUCGUCGCGUGCAGGAUCGGAGAAUUGCUGACCAUCACCGAUGUUGGAAACUGGCGGUGGGUUCCAACCAAACAGAACCCAGCAGAUCUUGCAACGAAGUGGGGAAACGGGCCCAACCUAACGGCCAACAGCGUAUGGUUCAGAGGUCCCGGUUUUCUUCAAUUAUCGGAAGACGAAUGGCCAGUGCAGAAAACGUCGACGCCCUCUACAGAAGAAGAGCUACGCCCCUGCUAUGCGCAUAAGGUUACGAGUAUUCCUGUACGUUUGGUAGAACUUGAGCGCUUCUCUCAGCUUACCCGAGCUACUCGAGCUGUUGCUUACGUUUUACGUUUCAUUGGGAACCUCAAGCGGAAAGUCACACAACAGGAGGGAUUCGUUGGCCCGUUAUCUUCGGAAGAACUGGUACGAGCUGAAUGUCUGCUUAUCCGUGAGACACAGUGGCAAUCUUUUCCGGACGAAAUGGUUGUCCUUGUACGCAACCGAUCGAAGCCUAGGACCGAACAAGAAUCUCUGGGAAAAUCUAGUGCCCUCUAUCAACUAUGUCCAGUUUUGGAUGAGCAAGGCAUCCUUCGCGUUGAUGGCAGAAUCGGAGCAGCCCCAAAUGUCAAUAUGCAAACAAAAUUUCCGAUGAUCCUCCCGCGGAAACACAAAUUUACUGAACUACUAUUGGAUGGCUACCAUCGUAGAUAUCUACACAGUAACGCUGAGACUGUAGUGAAUGAGGUUCGCCAAGCUUACUACAUUCCAAGACUCAGGUUGGCGGUUAAAGGCGCAGCUAAAGCUUGUCAAUGGUGUAGAGUCUACAAAAGCACACCGGAGAUUCCCCGUAUGGCACCUCUGCCACUAGCAAGAAUGGCGUCGUUUAUGAGACCGUUUACCUACACAGGCCUGGAUUUCUUUGGGCCGUUAACGGUGAAGAUCGGGAGAAGCAACGCAAAACGCUGGAUAGCCGUGUUCACAUGUUUGACCAUACGGGCGGUACACGUUGAAGUAGCUCACAAUCUAACCACGGAUUCGUGCAUCAAAUGCAUUCGACGGUUCAUUUGUCGCAGAGGAGCGCCAGCCGAGAUAUAUUCGGACAACGGAACCAAUUUUCUAGGCGCCGCCAGACUUCUUCGGGAUCAAGUUGAGCAAUUGGCAGUAACAUUCACGGGCACCGCUACGAAGUGGGUAUUCAUUCCACCUGGCACUCCGCAUAUGGGCGGAGCAUGGGAGCGGAUGGUCCGCUCCAUCAAAACAGCCGUUGAAGCGGCGUACAACAACAACCGUAAACUGAAUGACGAGGCGUUGGAAACGUUUAUGGUGGAAGCCGAAGCUAUCGUGAACAGCCGUCCUCUCACAUAUCUGCCGCUAACGUCGGAGGAAAGCGAAGCUCUCACUCCAAAUCAUUUUUUGCUGGGCAAUUCGAACGGCGUUAAACAACCUGCUGUCGAAGCAACGGAUCCAGCGGUAGCUCUCCGCUCAUCUUGGCACCAAGUUCAGCACCAGCUCGACAUGUUUUGGAGGAGGUGGCUUAAAGAGUAUUUGCCAACGCUGACAAGACGACCGAAGUGGUGUGGCGAAGCAAAGGCAGUGGCGGAAGGACAACUGGUUCUGGUGGUCGGUGAAGGAAAAAGAAACGAGUGGACAAGAGGCCGUGUUGUCGAAACCAUUCAAGGGGCUGAUGGGAGAGUACGGCAAGCUAUUGUCCAAACUGCGAGGGGGCUUGUUCGUAGACCGGUGGCUAGGUUGGCAGUAUUAGAGGUUGGUGAGGUUGGUAAAACUGGACCUGGUGGCCAGUGUUACGGGGGUGAGGAUGUUGAUACUGGCAACACUUUUGGUCACGCUCCGAUGACGGCCGGAGCGAACCGUCAAACUUAUGUCAGGGAAUCUGUAGUGGUGGGUGAUGACAAUUAAUAGAGCAAUGUGAUGGCCAGCCUCGUCAUCGUUAUUGUUGGCCAAAGUACAGUGAAGAACACUUGUGUAAGGUGAAAACUCAAUUGAACUCUAAUUAAAAAUGUAUUGCUAAAACUUAAUCUAAUUUGAACUUACAGCUAUUUGUGCCUAGUAUCUACAGCUAUAAAAAUUCAUAGAUUGUUAUUCCCGAUAACCUACACAAAACGUUACACAAAUUAUACUCCUCGUGUUAACGGUAGUACGGUUAGAAUUGUGCGAUAAAUUACCCAUGCAAACGAUUUUCUGUGAGUACAAACAUGCAAUUAACCUAAAACUUAAACUAAUUAAAAAUAAAAUUUACAGCUAAAGCUACAUUACCACCAACAUAACGGUGUUGUGAUUUGCUACAAGAAAUCGACCAGGGGUUCGCAGUUCAUAACCACAAC